AUGAUUAAAGAAGAAGAAAUAGAAAAUAUGAAUAUAUUAGUGUUGGCGAUAAAAACAACUGGAGAAGGAAUGGAAAUUGCAAGAAAAUAUAUUGAAUUGAAUCAAAGUGAAAUGGAAUUUGAAAGUUCAAAAAUAAUGCUUUGUAAUUUAUUGAAAAGAAUGGAUAAGUCCGAUGAAUUUUUGAAAUUUCUUAAACAAUUUCUUAAGAAUCGUGGUAAUGAAAAUAUUGCUCAUAUUUAUCAUCGUAUUGGACUGAUUUUAAGAGAUAAGAAAAAGUAUGAAGCUGAAUUAGAAUAUUUUGAAAAAGCAUUCAAUUUAUGUUUUUAUUCUGAUUCAUCACAACAGAAAUAUGCUGCUUUUGUACUUCAUAAGCAAGGUACAGUUUAUACUAAAAUGAAACAAUUAAACAAGGCAUGGAGUUCACAAUGGCGCGGACUACAAAUUCUAGAUACUAUGGGAUAUGUUGAUAGCCAUUGGCGUGCAUUAUUUUAUAGAAGUAUUGGAAGAAUUUGUCUUUAUCGAAACAAAUUCGACAAAGCUAUGAAAUUUUGUAUGAAAGCGUUAUGCAUAAGAAUUUUUUUUUUAAUACCAGAUCAUGUUCUUAUUGCUCUGAGUUAUGUAGAUAUUGCUACAAUUUAUUUUUACCAACAUCAAUACAACGAAGCACUCCUAUAUCAUCUUCAAGCAGUAGAAAUUCGACAGAAAUACUUAGUACCCAAUAAUCAUGAAAUUGUUUGGUGUCUCCAUCAUGUGGGUAAAACUUAUUACAAAAUAGGUGAUUUAGAGAAAUCACUUGAGUAUUAUUUAGAAUCCUUGAAAAAUAUGAGAAGGAGCACGUUGAUUUUGGCACGCGAAAGUCACAGUUCAUUACUCGACGACAUUAUAUUAGUGUAUGGUAAUGAAUAUGAGAAAACAUUGGAAUGA